GCACGUACCGCAAGCAUGUGGAACGCACAACCCGGAAGUUUGGUGGAACUCCCCGGAAGUAGGCUGUGUAUCGUCCUGGGACUCCGUGUGAGACAGGCGGAGGGGGAGUAUAUAGAGGAACACAGGGGUGUGUACAAGGACGUGAUGAUGGAGAAUCACCGGCCCCUCACAUCACUGGGUAAGAGGAGACGGUCAUGUAUUGUACAAGGGAGAGCAGAUGGGCCCAGUAACAGAGAUACCCCAGAGAGAUGUCCCCGUCCUCUGUAUUCCCAGGAUUGUACAGAGGAGAAUCACAGGAUCCCACAGGAUGAUCAGGGGGAAGAUCUGACUAAUAUCAAGGUAGAACCUAUGGAGGGAAAAGAAGAAACGUAUGUGAGGGGUGAUCAGCAGUAUAAGGAGGAGGAAAUCCCUACAGAUAUCAGCACAGAUGGACCCAGUAACAGAGAUACCCCAGAGAGAUGUCCCCGUCCUCUGUAUUCCCAGGAUUAUACAGAGGAGACUCACAGGAUCCCACAGGAGGAUCAGGGUGAAAUUCUGACUAAUAUUAAAGUAGAAGAUACAGAGGGAGAAGAAGAGACGUAUGUGACUGAUAUGAUGGCAGAAGAUCUAGAGGGAGAAGAAGAGACGUAUGUGACUGAUAUGAAGGGAGAAGAAGAGACGUAUGUGACUGAUAUGAAGGCAGAAGAUAUAGAGGGAGAAGAAGAGAUGUAUGUGACUGAUAUGAAGGCAGAAGAUAUAGAGGGAGAAGAAGAGAUGUAUGUGACUGAUAUGAGGGCAGAAGAUAUAGAGGGAGAAGAAGAGGCGUAUGUGACUGACAUGAAGGGAGAAGAAGAGGCGUAUGUGACUGAUAUGAAGGCAGAAGAUAUAGAGGGAGAAGCAGAGACGUAUGUGACUGAUAUGAAGGCAGAAGAAACAGAAGGAGAAGAAGAGACGUAUGUGACUGAUAUGAAGGCAGAAGAUAUAGAGGGAGAAGAAGAGACGUAUGUGAGGAGUUAUCAGCAGUGUAAGGAGGAGGAAAUCUCUACAGACAUCAGCAUAGCAGAUGGACGUCUCAUGUUACUUACAGAUGGUGAAACACAAUUGAAGAACCUUAGACAGGAUUUUCCAGGAGCCAAGUCUGUCACACCAAUUAUACGGGGUGCAGCUAUACCCUCUGAUCUACAUUAUCAAGCUGAAUAUUCUCCUGAUAACUGUGAUCUUGGUACAUGCAUUACAACAUCUAGAGUUGAUAAAAUAUUACCCUGUUUUAUACAAAACACACAGUUAAGUGAGACAGGACAGAAGUCUAUUCCAUGCACCGAGUGUGGGAAAUGUUUUCCAAGGAAAUCGCAACUUGUUAGACAUGAAAGAAGUCACACAGGUGAGAAGCCAUUUCCAUGCUCUGAGUGUGGGAAAUAUUUUACACAGAAAUCACAUCUUGUUAGACAUAAGAGAAGUCACACAGGUGAGAGGCCAUUUUCGUGUUCUGAGUGUGGGAAAUGUUUUACUGAGAAAUCAAUUCUUGUUGCACAUCAGCUAUGUCACACAGGUGAAAAACCAUUUCCAUGCUCUGAGUGUGGGAAAUGUUUUAAACGUAAAUCACAUCUUGUUACACAUGAGAGAUGUCACACAGGUGAGAAACCAUUUCCAUGUUCUGAGUGUGGGAAAUGUUUUUCUGAUAAAUCAGUUCUUGUUACACAUCAGAGAUGUCACACAGAUGAGAAACCAUUUCCGUGCUCUGAGUGUGGGAAAUGUUUUAAAUGGAAAUCACAUCUUAUUACACAUGAGCAACGUCACACAGGUAAGUCAUUUCCAUGUUCUGAGUGUGACAAAUGUUUUGCAAAUAAAUCAUUUCUUAUCAUACAUCAGAGAACUCACACAGAUGAGAAACCAUUUGCGUGCUCUGAGUGUGGGAACUGUUUUAGACGGAAAUCACAUCUUGUUUCACAUCAAAGAAGUCACACAGGUGAGAAGCCAUUUCCAUGUUCUGUGUGUGGGAAAUGUUUUACAUGGCAAUCAUCUCUUGUUAAACAUGAGAGAUGUCACACAGGUGAGAGGCCAUUUCCAUGCUCCGAAUGUGGGAAAUGUUUUACACGGAAAUCACAUCUUGUUCUACACCAUAGAAGUCACACAGGUGAGAGGCCAUUUCCAUGCUCUGAGUGCGGGAAAUGUUUUACAUGGCAGUCAUCUCUUGUAGCACAUCACAGAAGUCACACAGGUGAGAGGCCAUUUCCAUGUUAUUCUGGGAAAUGACAGAAAUCUAAUUUAACCUCAGAUCUAAUUAAACGAUACAUUAUUAACGCAUAUUUCAAAAAGUUGAAACUGCAUGUGGAAAGUAUUUUUUUUUUAUAUAUUCUUUAUUUUGGUUUUACAGAAGAAAGAAUGACAUUACCAAGAGUACAACAAAUCGUACAAUGUAGAAACACAUGGGUCAAUAAACCAGUAAAAUAUAAAACAUCCAAAAUCCACACAAAAAACAAGACAAAGGUUAGAGGGAGGAAAUGGGAAUAAAAUCAGGGAAGGGGAAUGAGCGAGCUAAUCAAUCUCAACUAGAUAGAAAUUUGGGUUCCGUACUGCGAGGCGGGCUACACAGAUAAGCGGCAUCAUGCUGAGUCUAGCGGGAUCUGGUCUUUGUAGGUAGAGGUAGAUUUAAAUUCCACCACGUGGCGACAUAAUCGGCACGUGAGUCACGUGAGUCAAGGGCUGAAUGAAAAAUAUCCUCCAUUGAUCUAUAAAAUUCUAUCCGCUGGAACCAUUCCCAUAUUCGGGGGUAGGGGGGGCGGAGACUUCCAGUGGACCGGUACCACCGCUCUUGCUGCGUUAUUGAGGUGUUUGAGAAGAGAGUGUUUAUACUUUGCUAGUGGAAUUGUAGUGUGGGAGAGCAACCAGAAGUCAAUUCCAGUAGGGGCCUGAAACCCCAGGAUCUUGGAGGAGAUUUGAAUUACCUGGCCCCAGAAGGUAGCGAUCAGGGGACAGUCCCACCAUAUAUGAAUAAGGGUGCCACACUCCUUUCCACAUCUCCAACACAAGGGGGACACUGAGGGAAAGAACUUAUGCAAAAGGGAGGGACAGCGAUACCAUCUAGUAAGCAGUUUAUACUGUGUUUCAAUAACUUCUAAGCUUGUAGAGCAACGGGACAAAACUUCACUGUGUUUUUUCCAGUUAAUAUGUAUCCCUCUAGGUGUGAGAUCUGCAUCCCAUUUCGUGCAGAAAGCGGGAUCACCGGGGAAACGACCAUGUAGC